AUGUCAUCCACCGCGCCUCGCGUCCCUCGCGCCCCGACAAGGCUCGCCGCCUCGGUUACAAGGCCAAGCAGGGCUACGUUAUCUACCGUGUCCGCGUCCGCCGUGGAGGCCGCAAGAAGCCCGUUGCCAAGGGUGCCACCUUCGGCAAGCCCACCAACCAGGGUGUCAACCAGCUCAAGUACCAGCGCUCCCUCAAGGCCACCGCCGAGGAGCGUGUCGGCCGCCGCUGCGCCAACUUGCGCGUCCUCAACUCGUACUGGGUUAACCAGGACUCCACCUACAAGUACUACGAGAUCAUCCUCGUCGACCCCCAGCACAAGGCCAUCCGCACCGAUGCCCGCAUCAACUGGAUCGUCAACCCCGUCCACAAGCACCGCGAGGCUCGCGGUCUCACCGCCACCGGCAAGAAGUCCCGCGGUCUCAACAAGGGCCACCGCUACAACAAGACCAAGGCCGGCCGCAGAAAGACCUGGAAGCGCCACAACACCCUCUCCCUGUGGCGCUACCGGUAAACAGCUACAGCCCCCUGAAAAGGCUGCUGUCGUUGCUACUGCUCCUCCCCCUGUCUCUAGGGACGAAGAAAAGGCGGCCGUAUCAUCUGCUACCGCUGCCAGGUUUGGUGUUCGAGGACACGGUUCUUGGGUUGUACUCGGGUUUGCUGCGCUUCUGCGCAACUUUCUUGAUAUCAUGCGCUGGAAUGCUCUGGUCUGA